UUCCUGUCGGUCAAAAGUCCCAUCCGUCAAAGUGCAGCAAAGCCUGUAAUGUCAGUGAGUCUCACGAAACGAAGACAGCAAUUUAGAAAUGAUCCAAUUGUGCAGCUAACAAGAUAUAUAUAUAUAAAUUCGGUGGGGAAAUGUAUUUACUCAAGCAAAUAGCUAUUGUAGCAAUAUAGCUACUUAUUUAGACAAUAAGUUCACAUUUCUGGAAUAUCUCCAAGAUCUUUGUUUUGAAAAAACGAUUAGCUUGCUGGCUAGCGAAGUUGCCAGUGAAAACAACUGUUAUAAGCCUGUAUUCGGGACGUCUGAGAGAAACAAACUGUCAGCUACAGCAAGGUUAUCAGUUGUUUCCUAGGCGAGGACAAGACAAGUGCUACAACUUUCUGCAUCAGCUCUUCGAGCUGAGACAGGCCUCAACCAUGGCAGGUGAUCUGCGUGGUGUAGCAGAGCAGGCCAAGACCCUGAAGCCUCAGCGAUCCGUCCCUGGGACGCCCGUCACUAACACACUCAAACACUUCCCCAUCGACCUGCGUACAUCCAUGGACGGAAAGUACAAGGAGAUUGCAGAGGAGCUGUUCACUCGCAGCCUGACGGAGAGUGAGAUGCGCACCGCUCCUUAUGAGUUCCCUGAGGACAGCCCCAUCGAGCAGCUGGAGGAGCGACGCCAACGCCUGGAGAGGCAGAUCAGCCAGGACAUCAAGCUUGAGCCAGAGAUCCUGCUCCGCGCCAAGCAGGAGUUCAUGAAAAUCGACAGCGAUGCCGACCUGGAGUUGAUGAAUCAGGAGGAUGGUGUUGACAGGACGGAUGAUGGCUGGAUGAAGGAGAGGGUAUUACCGAUGGAGCGAGAGUACCAGCGUGUGUCAAUAUCAGGGGAGGAGAAGUGUGGGGUGCCCUUCACAGACCUGGUGGAUGCAGCUAAGUGUGUGGUGAAGGCCCUGUUCAUCAGGGAGAAGUACAUCGCUCUGUCCAUGCAGAACUUCUGUAAGACCACUGCCCGUGAGCUGGGAGAGCUGGGAGAGAAACCCCUGGACCUACGUGUCUAUGAGGAGAUCCCUGAGACCCCCGUUGAUGCAGAUGCUCCAGUCCACCCCCCUGUCUCAGAGACUCACCCCUAUGAAAACCAGGUCACCAAGAACAUGCCUGCAGACACAGAGUACAGGUGUAAGAUGGUGGAUGGGGUCAUGCAUGUCUACACCAAGAAGAGCCCCAUGGAGAAGAGUACAGAGUUGGACCUGCCCUACCCAGACCUGAAGGAGUACAUCGCUGACAUGAACGUCAUGAUGGCUCUCAUCAUCAACGGACCAGUAAAGUCGUUCUGCUACCGCCGGCUGCAGUACCUGAGCUCUAAGUUCCAGAUGCACAUCCUGCUGAACGAGAUGAAGGAGCUGGCAGCCCAGAAGCAGGUUCCUCACCGCGACUUUUACAACAUUCGCAAGGUGGACACCCACAUCCACGCUUCGUCCUGUAUGAACCAGAAGCACCUUUUGCGCUUUAUCAAGCGGGCCAUGAAGAAGUACCCUGGGGAGAUAGUCCACAUGGAGCACGGGCGGGGACAGACCCUCAUGGAGGUGUUUGAGAACAUGAACCUGACCGCCUUCGACCUGAGUGUGGACACACUGGACAUGCACGCGGACCGCAACACGUUCCAUCGCUUCGACAAGUUCAAUGCCAAAUACAACCCCAUCGGGGAAUCCAUCCUGAGAGAGAUCUUCAUCAAGACAGACAACCACAUCGAGGGCAAAUACUUUGGCCACAUGAUCAAGGAGGUGAUGGCUGACCUAGAGGAGAGUAAGUACCAGAACGUGGAGCUGCGUCUCUCCAUCUACGGCCGCUCCCGGGACGAGUGGGACAAGCUGGCCCAGUGGGCCGUCAAACACCAAGUCUACUCUGACAACGUGCGCUGGCUCAUCCAAGUGCCCCGCCUCUUUGAUGUGUACCGAACCAAGAAGCAGCUGGCUAACUUCCAGGAGAUGAUGGAGAACAUCUUCAUGCCUCUGUUUGAGGUCACCAUCAACCCCCGCAACCACCCUGAGCUGCACCUCUUUCUGCAGCACGUGGUGGGCUUUGACAGCGUGGAUGACGAGUCCAAGCCGGAGCACCACAUCUUCAACAUGGACAGCCCCCUGCCAGCCGACUGGACAGAGGAGGACAACCCUCCCUACUCCUACUACCUCUACUACACCUACGCCAACAUGACCGUGCUCAACCACCUGCGCAGGAGGCGUGGCUUCCACACGUUUGUGCUGCGCCCUCACUGCGGGGAGGCGGGGCCUGUCCACCACCUGGUGUCGGGUUUCAUUCUGUCAGAGAACAUCUCCCAUGGGCUGCUGCUCAGGAAGGCCCCAGUGCUGCAGUACCUCUACUACCUGGCUCAGAUUGGCAUCGCCAUGUCCCCCCUGAGCAACAACAGCCUGUUCCUCAGCUACCACCGCAACCCCCUGCCUGAGUAUCUGGCCAGAGGCCUCAUUGUCUCUCUGUCCACUGAUGACCCCCUACAGUUCCACUUUACCAAGGAGCCCCUGAUGGAGGAGUACAGCAUCGCCACACAGGUGUGGAAGCUGAGCUCCUGUGACAUGUGUGAGCUGGCCAGGAACAGCGUCCUCAUGAGCGGCUUCUCCCACAAGGCAAAGAGCUACUGGCUGGGGCCCAAAUACAGCAAGGAGGGCCCUGAGAGCAAUGACAUCCGUCGCACCAACGUCCCGGACAUCCGCGUGGCAUACCGCAGUGAGACCCUGCUGGAGGAGCUCAACCUCAUUACCCACGCUGUGCGCACCAAGGAGCUGGACAACAUCGACGAGGAGGACACCCUCUCCAUGGCCCCCGUCGGGGCAGAAGGACACUAAAUCAACAACCCCACCCCGACUUCUAACCCCCCCCUCGGCACCUCCCUGCAUGACACUGAGGGGGUGCAGUAUGAGUGGACUCCAGCUUGUUGUUUAACCUCUACCUCUUACCCCCUUAUCCCCCUCCCACUAAGGAAUUGGACUGUGCACUCGUCUCUCAGCUCUCUUGUACUAAAGCCAAGGAUACAAUGCUCCCUGAGUGUCCCCAUCUCUCUGUCGGUGAUGGGGGUGGUCAGUAUGGACUCAGUCAUGUUCCAGUCCCCCCUUCUCUCUCAACCCAGGUUCCCUCUUCAACUCUCUCUGGUUAGCCCCUGUCCUCUCUACUUCUUGACUCCUCCCUAUCUCUCUAAUGCUCACUGUGAGAUUUCAAUCAGCAUGGCCAAGGUUGGCAGGGGGAACAUCCAGUGCUUGGAUUAUUUUCUAAUACACAUAUGGGAGGAGAGAGACUAGCCUGAAGUCUUUUUUUUCACCUGUUCUUCGAUCAGUUCCUGGAUCACUUUCUCUGUCACUUUGAUCUCCUGACCCUUCAAACCAAAACUUCUGCCCUUUUGCUUUGUCAUGUGACCCUGCAUGGGAAAAAGGGUCCCACAGUUCAGCCUGUGAUUUGUUGGCAUGUUUGUACCCAUCACCUAUAUUACACACACUGCGCAGUUUAGCUGUCCUGAAAGCUGCUUAUCUUCCAUCACACAGUCAUUCUGCCUGAAGCUCAUCUACUUUAAUAUCUUCACAAUGAAGUAGGGAAGCAGAUACAACUUAACAGAAAUGUUAUGAGGGCAUUGUCCAUGGGUCGCCUAACCUACACAACAUGGACACACCUAAACAAUGCAUAGGUGAAUGUUUCACACUACAUUGUUCCAACACCCGUUGCACACUGAUAGGAACAGUCACUUGUAACUUAGUUUCAUGGAAACCGCGGUAACAAACUUCUAAUGUAUGGACGUACUGAGUUAAGAAAAAUGGAGAAAGGACCAAAUCUGUGUGGCUUAGAAGCAGAAGUCGUGCACAAUUCCAGUCUGUCUGCUGCUGGGUAUCUGAUGGCUUUCAUCCGUCUCUGUGCUUCUGGCAGGUUGUAGUGAUUUAUUGGCUAAAUGAGUCCUCUCGGCCGGUCUCCUGAUCUGAGUCAGCUCUGAAUGAAAUAGCAGGCAGGACAUUCAGCAGCCAUCAGGGCAUGGAGCUGUGUACCUGACUGGUCUAGUGCAAACAUUCCAUUAAAUUAACAUUAAGAUCAAUGUUAUUUUUAUUUAACAAAUCACGCUAGUUAUAGAAUAUGCAGACAAAAAGAGUAGAUUUAUGCUAUUCCAUGAUAUGUACAAUAUACUAAAUAUCUAAAAAGGAUAUAGAUACAUGUGUGUAUAUCUAAAGAAAAGAUAUCAGUCUGUGGUAGAGUGGACGCUUAGAGGUGUGUAUGAUAAGAGAUGUUAAACCACGGCGUGUUUUCCAAGCACAAGUCAAGAAGAAUGUCAUGGAGGCUCCCCUGUCCCCCUACAAUUACCUCAACACUCACUGUGUGUGUGUGUGUGUGUGUGUGUGUGUGUGUGUGUGUGUGUGUGUGUGUGUGUGUGUGUGUGUGUGUGUGUGUGUGUGUGUGUGUCGCUCCCACACACCCGUUGGUCUUCUAAAGAGACCAGGACUGACCUCUGGGCCCACUAUGUUGGUUAUUAGUUAUUGCAUGUAGUACCCUGUAUGCACCAAACCAGACUUACCAGGUGAAGGCCUUACCACUGCUAGCCUGUCACUUUCAUGCCCUGCUGCAACGCCUCACUUCUCAUCAACAACAACCACAACACCUGUCCUCUUCAAGCUUAAGCAUUUUUGCUGUCCUAACAUCAAGGAACGAUACCAGGCUGCGUGCUGUAUGUUGAAGUACUUUAUCCUUUAUCUACCCAGGCCUUCCAGUGAAGUGGAAGAAGCGUUUUUAGCAAUGCUCUGCUUUGACUGCAUUUCCACCGUGCAUCUUAUGUUGUGCAUGCCUGCAUGGACCACUGUGUGGCCACGGGAGUGUCUGGGAAGCUGUUUAAAGUGGUCUGUAAUGUGAAAAAGCAACAUAUGAAGGAAGGAAGGAAGGAAGCUGAACAACUGUCAUGUAUGAAGUAUGUGUGCAGUCAAUGAUUUGUUGUUAGUUUGAGUUCUGCAAAACAAACUCAAAUCCAGCUCAUCACUAUGGCAACGCUCAAACCAUGCAGAGACAUAGUUGCUUGGUUGUUAUCAGCAUCAAAUGAACUCACCCCCAUCACAGUCAUGGUUUUCCUGGUCACCAAUACAGAUGUGAUCUGUACCAUAGAGAUCAUAUUCUAUGUUCUGUAAAUUCAUCCCCAUCUCACCCAAUGAGCCUUCUCUUCAUCGGACCUCUUCUGUAAUUCAAACUGUGGGAGUUCUAUUUGUACAGUCCUAUUAUUUGCCAAGACUGUUCCAGCGAAAUUACUGGGCCCUAGUUGUAAAUGUUCACCAUGCAUUGCAUACCAUUACCUACCAGCCCAUUUUAAAAACCUAAGUGUGACAAAAGCCCGAUAUAUACGAGUAAAUGUUUGAGAAACCAGAUAAUUUAGGACAAGCUUAAUAUAUGGAUUUAAUAUAUAAAGUGUAUUUUUUUAAAGGCUAUGGAAAUAAAAGGUUUAUAUGAACAGUAUAUCAAUAUCUAGAUCACAAACGUGAAGUUUCGUUGCUGUAGAUCAUUUUAAACUGCCCUUGUUUAAGCAGAAAGAUGUAUUUUGUCAUAUUAUUAUUGGCCUUGUCUUUCACUAGAUUUACAAUUGGACUCAAUAUUUCCAUGUAUAUUCUUUUAUUAUUUAGUAUUUUAAUAUUUUUUCUAGUGUUCUUGUUGAUUGUGUUAGGGCUGUUGAAGUCUUAAGUAUUCCAUGUAGCUCUCUCUCAGUAGAGUAUUGAGUGAAGUUGAUCAAGUUAACUAGGGUUAUUUGGAGGGGCCUUCAGCAAUGGUAGGACCCAGAGCCAUAAUGGGUAUCCUCUCUGACAUUUAACUCAGCCAGAGCUGCCUAUGUAAUCUGGCUGUACAUUCACACCUAAACAUCCACUCAAACACUGUAAUCCUUCCCACAGACAUACAGCCAUAGACUGGAACACUGUUAAAAAAACAAGCAACCGUUUAGUACAACUUUUGAUUUGAUUCUUUGAAAUCGUAUUUUGCAGGGAAUUAGAGGAUGCAUGUAUGAUUUGAAGGGUUUGUGUCUCAUGUGGAGUAGGAUGUGUGUAGUUACUUGAUAAAGGAUGAGACAUCCAUGUUUAGAUCCAGGUGUGGCUCACUGAGGGACCCAACAACUUCGUUGACCUUUUCAUGCCCAUCCAUUUCAGAUUGUCCAUCAGAGUUCACAGAUCUAUUCUUUCAGAACCUCACUAACUCCAGUUGUUGGUCUCCAUCUGUACAAUCAGUUUGGUUUCUUUGCUUGUUUAUAAACUACAAUGCUAGGGAACCUGUUGGUCCUACUGUAGGGUACCAUAGACCAUACUUUGUAUCAAACUUCACUAAGGGCUGCCAUAUGUAUUUCUGUUCCAAUCGAAAGAGCACACAAACAAAGUUGGAAGACAUAAGUCAAAUGCUGUUUGUUUUCUUGCCUUGAGGUUUGCAAAGAGUUUUGGGCAGUAGUGAUAUACAGUGUGUUGUCAUCACAGAACACAAACCAAUUAAUCAGUCAAUCAUCACACUGCGAGUUUUGUUUUUUGUUCAAUUGAUUUUCAUCGAAAAAUCACCUAGUAUUCUUUCACUGCAUUAUGUUUAAUACAAAGAGUUUGUUGACUUGUGAUUAUUUUGUGCCUCCAUUCGUUCAUUCUUUUAGACAUGUGGAUGUUUUUCCAUUAAAGGUUCUCUGCACAUGUGUUCUAUUAUUGACAUGGUUUUCAUUGUCUUUCAUUUUUUGGUCUAUUGUAGUCACUAUCAUGACUUUAAAUGAAAUGCCAAUGUUUUACAUUUACUCAAAUGCUUCUGAUAUGGUACAUGUGUAACGUCUGAAAUGAAAUAAAGCAUGUUUAUUAAUCUAA